AACGGAUCGGACGUGUGUGAGUUUGGACGGUGCGCAUAUACAUACACACGUAAAACAAAUUAAACAAACAAAUUGCCACAACAAAAUGUGCCAAUAAUAAAAAAAGGCGCAGUGAAACAAUAGAAAAAAUAUUCGUGCACCUCGAAAAUUUGUGGGCUGCAGCUUGCAAUUGCUUUACGCUUUGCAAUGCUUAAUUAUAUUAAAAAUUUGAUUUUUUAACAUUGACGUGUAUGUGAGUGUAUCUGUGCCUGUUUGUGUGAGUGUGUGUUUGCGUAAGCAAAAAAACGAAAGAAAUUUUCAAGUGAAAGCACAAAUCAGCUGUACUCAAUAGAAAAAGGCAAGGCAACAAACAGAAAAUUGUGCUGCGUGUGCUUUGUUAAUCAGAGACAAAAAAACCAAAACACAAAAAUUAAAAUAUUACAGCUUUAAACAAAAACAGUAAAUUUUGCAAAAUAUUUUAAAAUGCCUGUGCCCCCAGUUUUUACCAGUUGUAACGAAUGUAAGCAACUAUCACCCUCAAAAACACUUCGCAAUACCAUCAAAAAAAAUUUGUUUGGAAGUCCCUCGAGAGGCGAAACGCACGAUUUAUUGCAAGAGGAGCAAAAAAGAACAUGUGGAAGAAUCAAGUUUAAAUAUGGAAUAGACUUAGAAGAUUUUGAUAGAGUAGAGAACAAUCGUCGGAGAUGGAAUUCUGCCACAACAAUUCGCAGCAGGCCAUACAAUCACUCAACACCAGCCGGUAGAGUUUCCACUCAAAGAGGUGAGGGAUUACCCAAUGUGCCAAAAUUUAAUGACAAUAACAACAACAACACCAACACCGAUACCGAAGCGACAGUUCACGUGUUUCACAACAUCAAUGGGGAGAGAAGUAACAAGGAAAACACCGACAUGUCCUUUUUAUCUGAUGUGGGUGUGGUGUGUUUGUUGUACAGCAGCAAUGGGGAGAGCUGGUGCAGCAGCAGCAGCAGCAACAACAACAACACCGACAAGUCCAAUUAGACUGAUGUGAUGUGUUUGUUGUACAACAACAAUUGGGCCGAGCGAGAGCAACAACAAUUGGGCCGAGCGAGAGCAACAACAACAAGAGCAGCAGUAGCAACAGU